AUGUCGAUCAGACGGUGGAUAUCAAAGGAUGAGGGCUCUGGGGAAUGGAAGGAACGCGGCACAGGGGAGAUGCGACUUUUGAAGGAGAAGAAGAGCGGCAGAGUACGUGCUCUGAUGCGCCAGGAAAAGACUCUGAAGAUCAUUGCUAAUCAUUACGUUGUCGAGAAUGGCCCUUACUGCAGCCUCAAACCCAACGCUGGGUCUCAGAAGUGCUGGGUGUGGAUGGCCAGUGACUAUGCUGAAGGUGAACAACGUACGGAGCAGUUCGCUCUGAAGUUCGGCAACCCUGAGCUCGCCCAGGCUUUCGAGAAGGCUUUCAAUGAGGCAAAACAGGAGAAUGCCAAAAUCAUCUCUGGGGAGAAAACUAAGAAAAACGAGGCUGCCGAGAAGGAAGAGAAGGAGGAGGAAGAUGAGAAGAAGAAGGAAGAGUGA